AUGGACAUCAGCAUCGAUGAUAUCCUGGCAGAGCUCGACAGGGAUACCACAAUUGUGGAACGAUCGGAUCCCAGCUCGCAGGUACCGCUUACCAGCGAUGGAAACACUACUAUGGUUAACUCAUCGUUCGAUCCUGGACAGAUCCCACUAAGGAAGGCCGGACUACAAGACGAUAUUACCCCAGAAAAGGACUACACCCGUCUGAUGACCCUGUGGAGGAACGAAAGAUGCAGUCCAGAACUGCUGCCCUUCCCAACACUGCUGAUGAACCGAAUGUUGCGACGUGUACAGGAGCAGAUGGAGAAGAUCGAGAACAUAUCUAUGGGAUUUUACGAGGAUGGGGCUGCUGGCCCCAGCCAGCAACCCAACGAGUCUGCUUUUGGCAGUAACAAGGACAAGUUGCCUCUGCUUUGCAUGGAAGCGGAACUCGAGAGAGUCAAGUUCGUCAUCAGGAGCUAUCUCCGAUGCAGAAUGCACAAGAUAGACAAAUACAUGCUUUACCUGAAGCAGCUCGAGUAUGCCGGUAAUAAUGCCGCUUCAUUGAAGGAACUGCUGUCAGAACAGGAGCUGGUUUACCACAGCAGGCAUUUCGCCAGCCUUUUAAAGCUCUUCAACUCCUCCGUCCUCAGGCAUAUGCCCCCAGAGCUACAGGCGGUCAAUGACACAGAGGGCAGUAUCAGCAUGGUGGACGAGCCUGAAUGGGGCAGGUUCGUCUUUUUGCAUGUCAAGAUGCCGUCAGAGCGGGCCUUGAAAGAAGAUCCACUGCUCGAGCGCAACGAGUUCGGGAAGCCGUGCUACAUAGUGACUAUCCAGGAACUGAAUGAAGACGUCGAGCUGACGGUCGGUGGCAUUUACGUGAUGAGAUACGAGGUCAUCAGAGACCUUCUGCGAGAUGGUAAAGUGGAAUUGAUAUAA